GGUUUCGAUGGUCCCAUGAGAAAGGCCGGGAUGGCCGCUCUUAGGCUUCUCUCUGACAGCAGUAUAUCUGAUUGCCCUUGAGGUAGGAGUAUGUUGCAAUGGCGGGAUCCAUAGAGAUACCCCUUCGUGAUACAGAUGAGGUUAUAGAACUUUAUUUAGAUCAGUUACCAGAUGGAGAUGAAGUUCUGGGAAUACUGCGGCAGGAACAUGCCCAGCUUACCAUCUGGGUCAAUUUGGCCCUUGAGUAUUAUAAGCAGCAGAAAAUUGAUGACUUCAUUAAGAUACUUGAAUCUUCUCGUAUUGAUGCAAACAUUGAUUACCGUGACUAUGAAAAAGAUCAGAUGCGAGCUCUGGACAUGUUGGCUGCCUAUUAUGUUCAGGAAGCCAACAAAGAAAAGAAUAAGGAUAAAAAAAGAGAUCUCUUCACGAAAGCCACAUUAUUAUAUACAACAGCUGACAAAAUCAUUAUGUAUGAUCAGAAUCAUUUACUCGGCCGAGCUUAUUUUUGUCUGCUUGAAGGCGACAAAAUGGAGCAGGCUGACGCGCAGUUUAAUUUCGUAUUGAAUCAGUCGCCAAAUAAUAUACCUUCCCUGCUCGGCAAAGCCUGCAUCGCAUUUAAUAAAAAGGAUUACAGAGGUGCUCUUGCAUUUUAUAAGAAAGCUCUUAGAACUAAUCCAAACUGUCCAGCCGCCGUUAGACUAGGAAUGGGCCAUUGUUUCAUGAAAUUGAAUAAUCAAGAAAAAGCACGGCUCGCUUUUGAGAGAGCUUUACAGUUGGAUGGACAAUGUGUCGGCGCGCUAGUCGGUCUUUCGGUCUUGAAAUUAAAUCAACAACAACCCGACAGCAUAAGAACCGGUGUGCAAAUGUUAUCGAAAGCAUAUACAAUCGAUUCGACAAAUCCAAUGGUGCUGAAUCAUUUGGCAAACCACUUCUUCUUCAAAAAAGAUUACAAUAAAGUUCAACAUUUAGCGCUGCAUGCGUUUCACAACACGGAGAACGAAGCUAUGCGAGCAGAAAGUUGUUAUCAACUAGCCAGAGCAUUUCACGUCCAAGGUGAUUACGAUCAAGCAUUUCAAUAUUAUUAUCAGGCGACGCAAUUUGCCCCGCCUGUAUUUGUAUUACCACAUUUUGGUUUAGGACAAAUGUAUGUUUAUCGCGGCGAUGCAGAAAAUGCAGCCCAAUGUUUUGAGAAAGUCUUAAAAGCUCAACCAGGAAAUUACGAAACUAUGAAGAUUCUUGGCUCGCUCUACGCUAACUCGAGCUCCCAAUCAAAACGCGAUAUUGCAAAAAAUCAUUUGCGAAAAGUAACGGAACAGUUUCCUGAUGAUGUCGAAGCUUGGAUCGAAUUAGCACAGAUAUUAGAACAAAGUGAUCUGAAUGCAGCCUUGAAUGCUUACGGGACUGCAACCAGAAUCUUAAAGGAAAAAGUUCAAGCGGAUAUCCCACCGGAAAUCUUAAAUAAUGUGGGAGCAUUACAUUACAGACUUGGAAACUUGGAAGAAGCCAGAAAAAAUCUAGAGGAAUCCCUCGCGCGUUCAAAAGCAGAUGCCCUACACGAUUCUGUAUAUUAUAAUUCAAUAGCAGUGACCACGACAUAUAAUUUAGCGCGACUCAACGAGGCAUUGUGUGUGUUCGACCGUGCGGAAAAAUUGUAUAAAGACAUUUUGAAGGAGCAUCCGAAUUACGUGGAUUGUUAUUUGAGACUCGGCUGUAUGGCUAGAGACAAGGGACAGAUAUAUGAAGCGUCCGAUUGGUUCAAGGAUGCCUUGAGAAUCAAUAACGAACAUCCGGACGCGUGGUCACUGCUGGGUAAUUUGCAUCUGGCCAAGAUGGAAUGGGGUCCCGGUCAGAAGAAAUUCGAGAGAAUUUUAAAAAAUCCGACAACAAGCACCGACGCUUAUUCUCUAAUAGCGUUGGGAAAUAUUUGGCUACAAACGUUGCAUCAGAGUGGAAAGGAUAAAGAAAGAGAGAAACGACAUCAGGAUCGAGCGUUAGCCAUGUACAAGCAGGUUCUAAGAAAUGAUCCGAAGAAUAUUUGGGCUGCAAAUGGCAUCGGUGCAGUCCUUGCGCAUAAGGGUUGCGUGAACGAAGCUAGAGAUAUAUUUGCUCAGGUGCGCGAAGCAACAGCAGAAUUCUGUGACGUUUGGCUAAACAUUGCACAUAUUUAUGUGGAACAAAAACAGUUUGUCAGCGCUAUUCAAAUGUACGAAAAUUGUUUGCGCAAGUUCUAUAAGUAUCAUCACGUUGAAGUUUUGCAAUAUCUUGGAAGAGCUUAUUUUAAAGCUGGCAAGCUAAAAGAAGCAAAACUGACGUUAUUAAAAGCACGUCGAGUAGCUCCACAGGAUACCGUUUUAUUGUAUAACAUUGCUCUCGUACUUCAGCGGUUAGCUACGCAGAUUCUUAAAGAUGAAAAAUCAACUCUGACCACUGUACUUCAGGCGGUUCAUGAAUUGGGUCUUUCCCAUAAAUAUUUCCAAUAUUUGUCGACACAUGGCGACAGAAUGGAACAAUUAGCCGAUGCUGAAGCUAGGAGGUGUCAAGAUUUAUUAUCGCAAGCUCAAUAUCAUGUUGCUAGAGCUAGAAGACUGGAUGAGGAAGAGAAGAUGUUAAGACGAAAACAAGAAGAAGAAAGACAAGCCUUUAAAAUGCGUCAAACGGAAGAGCAACGCAAAUUGGAAGAGAUGCGUCGUCAAAAAGAAGAAGAGAUGUUGCAGAAGCGACAAGAAUAUGUGGAGAAAACUAAGAACGCACUGGUAUUUGGUGAAAUGCCAUCAGAGAAACCUGGAAGGAAGGGCAAGAGAAUUCGAACUGACCAAUAUAUUAGUGACAGCGGAGGAUCUGAUGGAGAUGAAGGCAGAGAGGAAAUACCGAAAGAAAGAAAGCGUAAGAGGAAACCCAGCGGAGAAGCUAAAGAAAGGAAGAGCAAAGGUAAUCGCAAACGUAGGAAAAACGCCGGAAGUGGUAAUAGUGGAUCGGACAGCGAUCACGUGAAAAGCAAGCGUAUCAAGAAGACUACCAGGACUAGGAAAGACAAGUCACGUAAGGGCGCAGUUGAGACUCUUAAGGGUAAGCUGGUUAAAUCAAAGGAAACCAUUUCAACGAGUGAAUCAGACAGUGAUACGGGUCUUAAAAUUGCCAGCGGCGGUGAAAGUGGUAAUGAGAACCAACCGCGCAGUAGCAGGCGAAUUGCAUCUGAUUCCGAAGGUUCUCGCGCUUCGCGUUCGAGAUCUCGUUCAAGAUCAAAAUCUGGAAGUCGCUCGAGAAGCAGUUCGCGCUCGCGCUCGCGUUCGCGUUCGCCUUCGCGUUCGCGUUCGCGUUCACGUUCACGUUCACGUUCACGUUCACGUUCACGUUCGCGUUCGCGUUCCGCUUCCCGUUCGCGAUCUGCAUCCCGGUCGCGUUCUCGAUCUCGAUCUCGAUCUCGAUCCGUCUCUGGAUCCAAAUCCAGAAGUGUUUCGAGAUCAAGAAGCCGUUCGGCAUCCAGGUCAAGAUCAGGAUCAGCCAAAAGCAAGUCAAGAUCGAGGUCGGGUUCGCGUAAAAGCGGUUCGCGAUCAAGAUCUAAUAGUGGCUCGCGAAGAAGUGGAUCAAAGCCAAGAUCAAGGUCGAGCUCGAGAAAGAGCGGUUCUAGAUCGAGGUCGCCAAGCGGUUCAAGGAAAGGCGUAUCACGAUCAAGGUCCAGAUCCAAAAGUGGUUCGCGCUCAGGCUCGGAAGAACGUCGAUCGAGAAGCAAAAGUCGAUCGCGAUCUAAAUCGAAAUCUGUUUCGAGAUCAAAAUCGAGAUCGAGGAGCGUCAGCAGAUCGCGAUCGCGGUCUAGAUCGAAGAGUGGGUCUCGGAGUCGGAGUCCGAGUGGAUCGGCACGUUCUGCUUCCCCGGUGUCUAGGAAAUCAGUGUCAGGAAGCGGUGGUAGUGACAGCGAAUAAAUCAUCCAUUCUUGCAAUUGUAAUAUUGUAUACCACAGUGAAGAAAAAAAAAUUACACGUAGAUAACAUAUAUAAUUUUUAUAAAGAUCGCUUUAUGAAGUGCUUUCAAUAUAAACUUAUAUGUCGUAUU